UUUAGAUUGCUUCAGUAAUUCUGCUGUUCGAAGCGCUGAACAAGUAUCCCCUUACGGUCAGCACUGCACCUCCUUCACGCCAGCCUCAUAUCCGCCCAGAUGCGGAGCAGGAGACUGGGGCUUAGAGGAUGAAGUGUGAUAGACCAAAUUGGCUGUGCCAUAUUUUCCUCCUCGGCACUGGGUUGUUGGGGCAUUUCAUCGGACGAUAUAUUGGAGGUUUAGACAGAACAUUGGCAGACUUGAUCUCAAAGUUGUGCGUUGGGUUUUUCAUAACAGUCUUGUUUAAAAGUGAUAUUCAUAUACAUUAUACCAUUCUCAGCAUAUCAACUAUAACAUUGUGAGACACAGCCUUCUCGUGACAGUACCGCCCUCGACACUCGAGGGUGGAAGUUGCUGCAUGGCGCAACAAAA